GCCGCCUGGCCCACGGAUCGGGCCGUCGUCAGGACCCGGGCGCCUCCGACGUCUGGCGCUAGGCGGGCCCGCCGCUAUCUACGAGCCCCACCGAGAUGACGGUAACGGGCGGCGACGGCGGCGGCGGCGGCGGCGGCGGCGGGUGGCGGCAGCGCGCCGUGCGUCUGAUGGAGCGCCACCGCGGUCUGAUCGUGGUGCUCUUCUGCCUACCGGCCUCGUUCCUGUUCGACAUCACGUUCCGGCUGUAUUCCUGGGUGCAGCGCGAGCUGUUGUCGGCCAAGGAGCGGCAUGGCAGCCGGGUGGCCGAGAUCCAGGCGCAGGUGCUUCGCUGGAAUCAGCUGCCUCCCUCUCAGAGGAAACCCAUGUGCACGGGUCGACCCAACUGGCUCAGCCUCUCCACCACCUUCUUCCGCAAGGACCUGUGCCACCGUGUUCCAAUUCCUCUAUAUGAUAUACUGUCUCUGGACGAGUCCAAGAUGACGGUUAGGGUGGAGCCGAUGGUCACUGUGGGCCAGAUCACCGAGUACCUUAUCCCAAAAGGCUACACGCUGGCGGUGACCCUGGAGAUCGCAGACGCCACCCUCGGAGGCCUGGCAUUCGGUGUCGGCAUGACCACCUACUCGCACAAGGUGGGCCUGUACCAGGAGACGGUGCGCGCUUAUGAGGUCGUGCUGGGCGACGGUACGCUGGCACGCGUGACCCGCGACAACGAGUACCAGGACCUGUACUACACGCUACCCUGGUCACACGGAACACUCGGCUUCCUGGUGGCGCUCGAGCUGGAGAUCAUCAGGGUCAAGCCGUACGUGCACAUGGAGUACAUCCCGGUGACCGGCCAGAAAAAGUACUGCGACAUGAUGCGGGACCUCUCCGGCGCCUGCGACAAGGAUAAACAGACGGCGGACUACCUGGAGGGUACCGUGUACAGCAAGAACCAGGCGGUCAUCAUGGUCGGCAACCUGGCGGACCUGCCGGCCGGACAGGAACACAAGGUGAACCACAUCGCGCGCUGGUACAAACCCUGGUUCUACAAACACGCCGAGAGCUUCCUGAGCGGGGGUCGGGCGGACGAGUACAUUCCGCUGCGGGAGUACCUGCUGCGCCACAACCGCGCCAUCUUUUGGGUGGUCGAGGCCAUGAUACCGUUCGGCAACAACCCGAUCUUUAGGUUUUUCCUUGGUUGGCUGCUGCCGCCGAAGCCAGCCUUCUUAAAGCUCACUACAACUCCAGGAGUCCGGGCUAUGACUUUCACCAAACAAGUAUUUCAAGACAUCGUUCUUCCCAUGAACAUUCUUGAAAAGCAGAUCGACAUAAGCGAGGAGCUCUUUGACACGUACCCCGUGUUGAUCUACCCGUGCCGUAUAUACGAUCACGGGAAACACACGGGUCAGCUGCGUCCCCCGAGGCCUGACCAGUUGUGCCCUGGUGCCGGCUGGGCCAUGUUUAACGACCUGGGCGUGUACGGCGUGCCGGGACCGGUGCGACGCAAGCAACGAUACGAUGCCGUUCGCCAGAUGCGCGCCAUGGAGAAGUUUUGCCGGGAUGUUGGCGGCUACCCUUUCCUUUACGCCGACAUCUUCAUGUCGCGGAAGGAGUUCGAGGAGAUGUUUGACCUGACCGCUUACGAGCGCGUUAGGGACAAAUAUCACGCCAACGGUGCCUUCCCUCACCUGUACGACAAG